AUGGUAACCGCGCUACCGAGCAUUUUUUCCAUCGUGGUAAUAAUAGAAUUUCUCCUAGGAAAUUUUGCCAAUGGCUUCAUAGCACUGGUGAACUUCAUUGACUGGACCAAGAGACAAAAGAUCUCCUCAGUUGAUCACAUUCUCGCUGCUCUGGCUGUCUCCAGAAUUGGUUUGCUCUGGGUAAUGAUAAUAAAUUGGUAUGCAACUUUGUUCAGUCCAGAUUUCAAGAGCUUAGAAGUAAGAAUUAUUUUUCAAAUUGCCUGGACAGUAAGCAAUCAUUUUAGCAUCUGGCUGGCUACUAGCCUCAGCAUAUUUUAUUUGUUCAAAAUAGCCAACUUCUCCAGCCUUAUUUUCCUUCGCCUCAAGUGGAGAGUUAAAAGCGUCGUGCUUGUGAUGCUGCUGGGGUCUUUGUUUUUAUUGUUUUCUCAUGUUGCAACAGUGAGCAUAUAUGAGAAAGUGCAGACUAAGGAAUAUGAAGGGAAUGUCACUUGGAGGACCAAAUGGACGGACAUGGCACACCUCUCAAAUAUGACUGUAUUCACACUAGCAAACUUCAUACCCUUUGCUACGUCCCUGACGUCUUUUGUGCUGUUGAUCUUUUCCCUCUGGAGACAUCUCAAGCGGAUGCAGCUCUGUGGCAAGGGAUCCCAAGAUCCCAGCACCAAGGUCCACAUAAGAGCCAUGCAGACGGUGGUCUCCUUUCUCUUGUUCUUUGCAGGUUACGUUCUGAAUCUAAUUGUUACAGUUUGGAGUUUUAACGGGCUGCAGAAGGAACUGUUCAUGUUUUGCCAGGUACUUGCCUUCGUGUAUCCUUCGAUCCACUCGUUGAUGUUGAUUUGGGGAAACAAGAAGCUAAAACAGGCCUUUCUGUCUGUUUUAUACCAGGAAAAGUACUGGCUGAAAGAACAGAAACACUCAAGUCCAUAGAUAAAUAAGAGC